AUGGAAGCAGAUUGCCAGGACCGUAUAAAAUUGCAGGUUGCUGAAGCCUUCAGAAGUUUUGUUAUUGGUAUAGGAAAUGCGAACAUGGAAGAAGAUUUGCGGGUUUCUGUUUUCCUCUGCAUUUGUAGUUUGCAUACCACAGUCGUCUUUCCAGGCGAUAAGAGGCAAAUCGAGAAGAAACCGCCUGUCCAGGAAGAUACGGUUCCAGUAAAUAGUACGGUUCCAGAAUGGCGGUAUGGGCUGCAUUUUAUCGCGGAUCACCCAUUCUUGAAAAGAGAUGCCACUACUGGAAUGAUCAACGAGUUGCAAAAUAAUCAUCUGGAAACGCUUGUGCUCGAUCAAGCUUUGGUAGAACAGACCAUCUUGAAAGCUGCCAAUCAACUACAUCUCUUGCUCUCUGAGUGCAAGAAACUAAAGGAUGAAGUAUUCAAGGUAAGUAUAGGCUUUUAAUA